AGUAUCAAGUGGAUAAAAAGUGAGAUGAAGAUCCGUUUUCCCUCUUUUUCAGGAGUGAUCAAAAUCAAAAUCAAAAUCAAAACCCAUUUGAGAGAGAAAAGAUCUAAUCUUUCUCUGAACAAAUAAAAAAUCAAACAUUUUUGUUACUACCAGUAAAGUGAAAAAAUGGGAUUUUUUUUGGCAAUUGGAGUGUUAUCACCAUUUCCAUUGUACUAUUACCUUUGGAAUUAUCCUCAAUCAUGGGUAGAUAUUUGUGGGAAAGGAAGAGAUCCUUCAAAAAUGAUGGCUUAUGUUGCUCAUUUUUUGAAGCUAAUUCAGUUCAUUUCACUUUUCUCUGUCUCUUCUUUUUAUUGGCCUCCUCCUUUUUGGUUUUGGCCCCUUUUUGCAUUUGGACAGUUUCUUAACUUCAGGGUUUAUCAGCUGCUUGGCGAGGCUGGCACGUACUACGGCGUACGCUUUGGAAAAACUAUUCCUUGGGUAACCGAGUUCCCGUUCGGGGUCAUCAGUGAUCCUCAGUAUGUUGGCAGUAUCAUGAGUCUUGUUGCAUGCCUUGCAUGGGUUCCUUUUCAGUACAUUCUCCUGUGGAUUUUAGGAUACGUGUUUAUGAUGCGUGUCGAAUCAAAGGAAGAUCCGUCGACUCGCGCCAAGCCACUCAAUUGAUUUAGUUUCAGUAGAUUGAUUAGAUAUAACUUGGAAGAUUCAGUAGCAUCUGAGGUGCCAAAUUCUUUGUAUGUUUCUGUUUCUUUCCCUAUGUACUUGAAUGUCAUGUCUAUUUAUAUGUUAUGAUUCCACAAAACUAUUUUGAAAUGAACUGCAACGUGUAAACUUAGUCGAUUUCUGACUCUCAACACGGACUUGGAUUCUCUAUUGCCUCUCCAGUCUUUCCAGCCAAAGGUCAGCUGUUGGGUUAGUCCAAUGGCCAAGAAAUCAUCUCCGCUGCUCUUGACAUAUGUAUCUCAAGUGCGUCAAAGUGUAAACUGAUUGAGAAAUGUUUUUCAAACACAAAUAUGGACAAGACAUCGAAUAUUUAUGCCGUGUAA